AUGUUUGCAAACAUUAACAUCCACACCAGCUCUUGGUACGGAGGACGAGGGGGCUCCUUUCGUGGAAGAGAUAAUUAUUCCAACUCUGACAGAAAUUCUUUUGGAGGUGGUGGUAGAGGAGGAGGAGGUUUUAGAGGUGGAAAUGAGGGAUCUAGUUACAGGGGUGGAAAUGAUAGUGGCGGAUACAGGGGUGGAAAUGAUGGGGGCGGAUAUAGAGGUGGGAGGGAUGGAUUUCGUAGCGGCGGUGGGGGGAGAGGAGCUGGUUUCAGGAAUGGUGACUCUGGGAGCCGUUUCGGAGGUCGAGGAGGAGGUAGAGGCGUUCAAGGGGGCCAGUUAUAUAAACCACAAUGGGAUAAUAUUCAGCUGCAUCCAAUAAAGAAAGAUUUUUAUGUGCCGCACCCUGCUGUGGCAAAUCGUUCACCUUAUGAAGUUGAACAGUAUCGAAGAGCUAAAGAAAUUACAGUUGAUGGAAGUGCUCCAAACCCAAUUCAAAAUUUCAAUGAAGCUUGUUUUCCUGAUUAUGUAAUGAAAGAGAUUAAGAAUCAAGGAUAUGAUGCUCCAACUGCUAUCCAAGCCCAGGGCUGGCCCAUAGCUUUGAGUGGCAUGGACAUGGUUGGAAUUGCAAAAACUGGGUCAGGAAAAACAUUGGCAUAUAUCCUUCCAGCAAUUGUACAUAUCAAUAAUCAACCACCAAUUUCUCGUGGUGAAGGACCAAUUGCUUUGGUGCUGGCGCCUACUAGAGAAUUGGCUCAACAGAUCCAACAAGUUGCUAGUGAAUUUGGUAGUUCUUCAUAUGUUCGUAAUACCUGUAUUUUUGGAGGUGCACCUAAAGGUCCACAGGCAAGAGACUUGGAGAGAGGUGUAGAAAUAUGCAUUGCUACACCUGGGCGUCUCAUUGAUUUUCUAGAAAAAGGGACAACCAAUCUAGAACGCUGCACGUACUUGGUUUUGGAUGAAGCUGAUAGAAUGUUGGAUAUGGGUUUUGAACCACAAAUUAGAAAAAUCCUUGAACAAAUCAGACCAGAUAGACAAACUCUCAUGUGGUCUGCAACAUGGCCCAAAGAAGUGAAAAAACUCGCCGGAGAUUUUUUGAAAGAUUAUGUACAAAUAAAUAUUGGUUCAUUGCAACUCUCGGCUAAUCACAAUAUUCUCCAAAUUGUUGACGUUUGCCAGGAACAUGAAAAAGAAUAUAAACUCAAUCAAUUGUUGCAAGAGAUAGGCAACCAUACAGAACCGGGUUCUAAAAUUCUGAUAUUUGUUGAAACAAAAAAAAAGGUAGAGGCAAUCACCAGAGCUAUAAGACGUUUUGGAUGGCAGGCAGUUUGCAUGCACGGGGACAAGAGUCAACAGGAACGAGAUUAUGUUCUUAGCGAAUUUAGAAACGGAAAAUCUACCAUAUUAGUAGCCACUGACGUUGCUGCUAGAGGCCUAGAUGUGGAUGGGAUCAAGUACGUAAUAAAUUACGACUAUCCAAAUUCUUCGGAGGAUUACAUCCAUAGGAUAGGCAGAACUGGGAGGUCCGAGUGUACUGGUACUUCUUAUGCCUUCUUCACACCCAGCAAUUCAAGGCAAGCAAGGGACCUUCUGGGAGUUCUCAAAGAAGCAAAUCAGGUUAUAAAUCCAAAACUGGCAGAGAUAGCUAACCGUUCAUCAAGUUUUGGCAAAGGUGGCUUUAGCCGCUACAGUGAUGGUAGUGGAAGAGGGAAUAGGGGUGGUAGUAGAGGAGGUGGAGGUAGAGGCGGAGGCCGUGGAGGUAGUAGCUAUGGGCGAGGCGGUGGAGAUUUCAGAUCUCGAGAAAGUUCAGGAAGGCCAUCUAGGUUCAGCGGAGGCCCUACUAGUGGUAACAGUGCAGGAAAUAGGCCAUCAAAUGGUUAUGGAAAUAGAGGAGGUUAUUGAAUGCAGCAGAAGUGACGUGGUCUCAGUAUUUUCUUCUGAUGCAUUCCUUGCAUCAUGGCACUUUGAUACUGCAUCAUUUUUGUUUCUAAAUUAUUCUAGAAAAUCGUUCAACAUGAUUUGCAUGUUUGUAAAUGAAUUUAAGAAUUAGAGAAUUUCCAUUAUUAAUUUUUAACAUAUUUUUAGUU